AUGGCAGACUCAGAUCCUGAGUACGACGAGGAGAAUGGUCCAUCCACAGGGACGCAGAUGGCGUCUCGACCAAAGGGCCGCGAAAAGGCCAGAUGGGAAGCCUCAGCCAACUCGAAAUUGGCGUACCAGGAAGCCGCCGGCGGCAGCAUAGAAGAUGUGCUGGGUGGCAGAGAGGAAGCAGCCAAACGGAAGCGACUCACUAAAGACACAACGCCUCUUCAACGCGGAAUCAUACGCCACGUCAUAUUGCUCUUGGACUUUUCAGAAGCCAUGAUGGAGAAAGAUCUUCGACCUACGAGGUAUCUCCUCAUGCUUACGUACGCCAAAUUCUUCGUGAGAGAAUUCAUCGAGCAGAACCCAAUCUCGCAGCUUGGCAUAGUAGGCAUGAAAGAUGGCCUAGCAAUUCGAGUCAGUGACAUGUCGGGCAACCCAGAAGAUCACAUCGCCAUACUGGGAGAAUAUGCGAAGAAGGAGCCGAAAGGCAAUCCUUCUCUUCAGAAUGGCCUGGAUAUGGCUCGUGCAGCCCUCUACCACACGCCUUCCCACGGAACAAGAGAAGUUGUAGUCAUCAUGGGUGCCCUUCUCACCUCAGAUCCAGGCGACAUUUACGACACGAUCAAAGCAUGCAUCAAAGACCACAUCCGCGUCAGCAUCAUCGGCCUCGCAGCACAAAUGCACAUAUGUGCCGAGAUUUGCCGCAAGACGAACCAGGGAGACGAAACGUGCUAUAAUGUCGCGACUGACGAUGUGGACUUCAGAGAGCAGUUGAUGAAGUCAACCACACCACCAGUCAUGAGGUCCACAGAUGCCGAAGCGCUAAGGCGGAACCAGGCGAAUCUUCUCAUGAUGGGCUUUCCCUCGCGAAUUGUCGAGGAGAAGGCAACACUCUGCGCUUGCCAUGGGCAAUUGACGCGUGGAGGCUACCUCUGCAGUAGAUGUGGAGCGAAAGUCUGCAGCCUCCCGGCGACCUGCCCGACCUGCGACUUGACGUUGAUCUUGUCUACCCAUCUGGCGCGAUCAUACCAUCACCUUUUCCCGCUCCAGAACUGGGCAGAGGUGUCAUGGAAGCGAGCACGCCAGAAAGGAAGUGUGCAGUGCUAUGGCUGUCUGUCAGGAUUUCCACAAGUCCCGGCGGCUCACGACACGACACAAGUGGAGGUUCAGGAGCAACCGCGGCGCAAGCGAGCAGAAGGUGCCUCGGAAUCGAGCAGAUAUGAAUGCGAGACAUGUCAGAACCACUUCUGCAUUGACUGCGAUGUGGCUGCACAUGAGGUGAUUCACAAUUGUCCUGGGUGCAUGAGUACUGCGCACCUGCCAGGAGUUGAGGCAACGAACGGCACGUCUACGUGA